AUGAGUAAAGAGAAGGCACUAUGGACUACCGAAGAAACCGAAUUGUUUAUUAAAUUAGCUCUCCAGCAAGUUAAGAAAAAUGAGUGUAAAGGCUCUACCUUAUCAAAGGAGGGUUGGGAGGCGCUAAUGCAACAGUUCAAUGCUUUGAGUUCAAGAAGUUAUGAUAAGAAGCAGUUGAAGAAUAAAUGGGACAAUUUGAGGAAAGAUUGGAAUAUAUGGGACAAGCUAUUAAACAAAGAGACCGAUAUAUUAGACUCAGUUCUUGUAAAUGUGCAGGAGAAUCCUGAGUAUAGGAAAUUCAGGCAUAGACCACUUCCAUAUACACAAGAAUUGACACAGUUGUUCCAGCCAGUUGCAACACAGGGCACUUACAUGUGGACACCUGCGGCUGAUGAUCCACAAGAUGUGUACAGGCCUCAAUUGGAUUUGACCGAAGGAUCAGGAGACAGUGAUGAUAUAAGAAACAUUAAUGGAGGAGCUCUACCAGGAAUUGGGCAGGUUAACUUGAAUAAUGCAUACAAUGGUGGUACUAAUUUAGGGAGCAAGCAAAAGAGAGGUGAAAGUGGUCAAAACAAAAAGGGAAAACGUCUUGCAACGGUGAUGGUUGAUUCAGUGAGUCGAUUGGUGUCCACACAAGAGGAUAAGGUUUCAACAUUGAAGUCAAUUCUUAAUUCCAUAGAGGGUGGAACAAAACCAGUUGACCAAAAUGUGUUGGAGGUUGCAAAGGAACUUUAUGGAAUCAAGGAGAUUGCUUAUGAGGAGGUGCUUCUUAGACAGUGUGCUGUGACCUUGCUAGAUAAGACCGCAAGGGACAUGUAUAUUGGGCUUAGGGACAACAGAAGAGCAUUAGUGGCCUAUUUGAGGUGCUUGGGCAAAAAAUGA